UGCUCUUCCUCCUUGAGAACUCGUAGAACACCGCGAAAGAUCUCAUCUUGAAUUUUAUCUCGUCGUUUCUUGGUUCCGCAUUUGGCUACAACAGAGGACACCAUGACUGACCCGUUCUCCAUCAGCGCCGGUGUUGUCGGCGUCGUAUCCCUCGGCCUUACAGUCAGCCAGGGAUUCAUGUCCUUCUACGGACCGUGGAAGAGCUACGAUGAAGAGAUACAGGAUUUCACAGGGAAGCUCGACGGCCUCCAAAAUAUUCUGAAGAUCCUCGAAGGGUUUAUUCUUGACGAGGAUGACUUGGGCCUCGCAUCAGACCAGUACAAGAAACUGGUGUUAGCCAACCUAGCCUCGUGCCAGACAGCGUGUCGACGGCUAGAAGAAAUGUUGGAAAAGUGUAAGUCAACAGAUUGCUCACCGUUUGUUCGGAAGCAUGACUGGCUUCGCUCGAGGCGCGCAGGGUACCCGUUCAAGAAGGAGACGCUGGUCAUACUUUGCCAGACGGUGUCAGGCCUCCAGGAUAACUUGAGUCUGGCGCUUCAGUUGCUGAAUAGUGCCCUUAUCAACCAGCAACAGAAGCAACUUCGGGAUAUUUUCUCACGCACCGUCUCCAUCGACUCUCGGACGACGACGAUACUCGAUAUUGUCAAGCAGGACAAUACGACUUCUGACUCAUUAUCGCCCAGGCUAGGACAGAAAUGAGAGUACCCCAGUCACACAACCAGUCCGUCCUGGAUCCAAGAACCAUCCGCGACCUUUGCAACAGACAGGAACUGAUCAAUAUUGGUUGGAAGCGACAACGAGCCACUUGAGAGGUGGCAUUAUUGACACAAUCUCGAGGUACUGCAAUUGCAGCCGCAGGCCCUUGGCUUCUUCUUGUAUCUCUGUUUACGUCCUCGCAUUCCAUGAGCCUCGUUGUCCACUAUGUGAGGCCGAGCAAGAUAAAGUUGGCGUAGCAGCAAAGUUUACGUUCUGCAAUCGACU